UAAGCUACACCCCCUAUGCUCUCUGUCCGUCCCGUAAACAGAAGCUAGCUAGAUGCUAAGUUUCAAUGUCUGGUGAUAUACAGGGUUUCGAGUGGUUUGUAGUCUUUAAAACCACUCGUUUGGAGCCAUGGCAGCUAUAAAGGACGGAGAGUACACGGCCACCAUCUACAAACUGAUUAAAGAUGGGCAUUAUUUAGAUGCAAUUCACAUCCUAAACGGCCAGCUUCAAAAACAUACCAAGUCCAGGGCAGCUCUGUCUCUGCUGGGCUACUGCUACUAUCACAUCCAGGAAUUCAUCAACGCUGCCGAGUGCUAUGAGCAGCUCACGCAGCUGCACCCAGAGGUGGAGGACUACAAAGUGUACUACGCCCAGUCCCUCUACAAAGCUGGUGCUUAUCCUGAGGCGAAUAAGGCUUCCUUCCUACUGGACAACACCAACAGUCACACCAAGAUGGUCAAGCUUCAAGCAUCCAUCAAAUAUUGUGAGGAGGAUUAUUCUGCUUCCAAGUCCCUGUUGGAGCAGCUGCCCCAGGACGACCCAGACUGCAUCCACAAUAUAGGCUGUUUGCUUUACCAAGAUGGAAAGUACGAGGAUGCCUGCAAGAAGAUCAUGUCUGCGCUGCAAGUUGUGGGAUACGUGCCAGCGCUGUCCUACAACAUCGCUCUCUGUUUUUACAGCCUGAAGAACUAUGCUCAGGCCCUCAAAUACAUAGGAGAGAUCAUAGAACGAGGCAUGAGGGAACAUCCAGAGCUGAGUGUUGGGAUGACGACUGAAGGCAUCGAUGUCCACAGCGUGGGCAACACCCUGGUGCUGCAACAGACGGCUCUGAUCGAAGCCUUCAACCUCAAAGCCGCCAUCGAAUAUCAGCUGAAGAACUCAGUGAAAAGAGCUCAGGAGUCUCUGACAGACAUGCCCCCCAGAGCCGAGGAGGAGCUGGACCCAGUGACGCUCCACAACCAGGCUCUGGUGAACAUGGACACGAAGCCAUCAGAGGGUUUCGAGAAGUUGGCCUUCCUGCUGCAGCAGCCCUCCUUCCCCCCCGUCACCUUCGGAAACCUGCUGCUGCUCUACUGCAAACACGAGUACUUUGACCUGGCGGCUGACGUCCUGGCAGAGAACGCCCAUCUCACCUACAAGUUCCUGUCCCCGUACAUGUACGAGUUCCUUGAUGCCUUGUUAACCUGCCAGACAGCACCAGAGGAGGCGUUUAGGAAGUUUGACGAGAUGAACGCCAAACUGACCGAGCAGCUGCGGAAAUUGGCCAAGCAGGUGCAGGAAGCCCGGCUGGCUCGAGAUGAGGAAGCACAGAAGAAAGCUCUGGCCGACUGCGAACUGAUGCAGGAAAAGUACAUCGUGGUCCUGAUGGCUCAGGCCAAGAUCUACUGGAACCGGGAGAACUUCCAGAUGGUGGAGAAGAUUUUCCACAAGUCAGUGGAAGUUUGUAAUGAGGAAGACACUUGGAAGCUGAACGUGGCCCACGUGCUCUUCAUGCAGAACAAGUACAAGGACGCCAUCGGCUUCUAUGAGCCCAUCGUCAAGAAGCACUAUGAUAAUAUCCUGAACGUGAGCGCUGUGGUCUUGGCCAACCUGUGUGUGUCCUACAUUAUGACGAGCCAGAAUGAAGAGGCUGAAGAAUUGAUGAGGAAGAUUGAGAAAGAGGAGGAGCAGAUUUCCUAUGACGACCCUGACAAGAAGGUUUUCCACCUCUGCAUCGUAAACCUGGUUAUUGGGACGCUGUACUGUGCCAAGGGAAACUACGACUUUGGCAUCUCUCGUGUUAUCAAGAGCCUGGAACCGUACAAUAAGAAGCUGGGGACAGACACAUGGUUCUACGCCAAGCGUUGUUUCCUGUCUCUGGUGGAGAACAUGUCCAAACACAUGGUCAUGCUGAGGGAUGCUGUUGUAGAGGAGUGUAUUCAAUUCCUGGAGCACUGCGAGGUCUUCGGGAAGGAAGUGCCGGCUAUCAUCGAGCAGCCUCUGGAGAAGAUUCACAUUCACAUCGGCAAGAACACCGUCACCUACGAGGCUCGACUGCUCAAGGCGCUGAUCUAUGAUGUUAUUGGCUGGAACAAGUGACAUCAUCACACAGUGUCAGCCCGAGAUGGUAUUUUGUCAAUAAAGUCGACUCAAGGUUAAUUAACCUGAAACCAGAGACAAUCAACACUACACACCUCAGGGAAGCGUCUUUAAUGAAGUGAGGGGGUGAGUUGAAGCAGAAGAGCUAAGAGAACAGACGUUAGGAGGUCUGGUUCAGUGAUCUCAGCUCUUAUAGUAAUAGUAAUACUCGCUGUGCAGAGUAUGAUGAGCUUCUUUUAUUAGCGCUGUUUAUUCUACUCAACAUUAAAUACAUAAACACUUUGUUUAAAGUUCACCUUCAUACAUUCAUGAUUCAUGCAUAUAUCCUCUUUGGUGAGCGUGUUUUCCAUACUAUUCAUAACAUUAUUAUCAAUAACAAAAAAUGUAUUUAAGGACAAUAAAGAUUGUCAUGUUUGUAAGAAGUGCCCUGCAAUUUUUUCCUGUGAAAUAAUUAAUGUGUUUAUUCACAGCUGUAGCAGUUAUCAUAAACAGGGAUGUUCCAUUGAGCCUUUUAAUAUUGUUAACUGAAUGUUUAUUUUCUUAAGAAUUGUUACAGAAAUGUCAGAAUCACCAUAUUGUCUGUAAAGGCCUCAGUAUUCCAGUCCAAUGGGAAAACGGCAUUCCUAGACCCCCUGAUCCCAUAUUCUGUUACCCUCUGACAUCCUGAUCACUGAGCUCCUUACCCCGCACCUUCCCACUGUGUCUGUUUGUAACACUUUGAAAACCAUCAGUCGGACACCGGCCCUCUUUAUACAAUGACAGCAAACUACCAACCAGGAGACAACCACGGUUGUUUGUCACUAGGGUUGCAAAAUUCCAGGAAUAUUCAAAGUUGGAAACUUUCCAUGGGAAUUAACGGGAAUAAACUCAAAAUUUUGUGGUAAUUUAUACUUACUGUAUUUACCUUGUCAUAUACAGACAUAAAUAUAAACAUUUUGUUAAGUCAUAAGCAGACAUGCAUGCAGCAAUUUGAAUACAAAAAUUUUAAAUUGCUGCUUAAAUGUUUGACUUUGUGAGUUGAACUUUAAUGGAUUCUUUCAUUGAACAACAAAAAACAUCAAUGUUGAAUAAAAUAAUUGUAUUCCCUAUGACGUCCUAUGUAUGUGUGGACAUACAUGCAAUCCUACUCUCACUGCUUUAAAUAUUAGCCUACUGUAAACUUGGUAAUAAAAUGAA